AUGAUGGAAAAUCACAUUGAUGCUCUUCUUUGUCCUCCUCAGGUCCUGAUUACUCCGAAGCAUCAUAUUCCUGCUAAACUCUUCUCGGCUGUUUGCUACACGGCUUUAUUCAAUCUGCUUGACUUCGGAGCCGGAGUAGUGAAUGUCACCAAAGUGAACGAAAUCGACGAGCAGAAACUGUGUGACGAAUACCCUGAGACGGACUUUUGGUACAGAACUGCCAAAGAGGCAUGUAAGGUGAGCUACAGUUUACUAGUCAUUGACUACUCAAAAGAUUUCUCUGCAAUUUUCCCUUAUCCAUGCGAUGACGCUCUUCAGUAG